CUGGUGCUGUGGCGAAUGACGUUUCUCUUUCGCCAGAACCAGAAGGGAGAGGGGAAAAUGUCCUCGGAUCGAUAUGGUUCUCUACCAGAGAACGACGACGUAGAGGAAGACAGAAAAUCCAAAGGAAACCCUCGGCAAAAUGUCGGCACCGAAUCCGAUUCUCACAAUAGAAACCACAGUAAACACAGAAGGGAUAAACAGCUAGUUGAACGCUCUGAUUCCGAUUCUGGAGAAGAAGAAGAUAAGAAAAGCAGCAAAAGCGACAAGCGGAAACGAAGAUCAAGAAAGCGACGCAGCAGAAGCUACGAUUCGGAUUCGGAUUCGGGUUCCGGCAGUGAAGACUCGGAAUAUUCGGAGUCGGAAUCUGGUACAGAGGAAAGUGAGAGCGAGAGCGAAGAGGAGAGGAGCAGGAGGAAGAGAAGGGAGAGGAGAAGGAGGCGAGAAAGGGAGGAGGAGAAAGAGAGGAAAAGGAGGAAGAAAGAAAAAGAAAAGAAGAGAAGAAGGAAAGAGAAGGAAGAAAAGAAGAAGAAGAAGAAAGAUAAAGAGAAGAGAAAGAAAGAAAAGUUGGAGAGAGGGAAAAGGGGGGCAGUCACUAAUUCUUGGGGAAAGUAUGGGAUUAUCAGAGAAACUGACAUGUGGAAUAAACGGCCAGAAUUUACUGCCUGGUUAGCAGAAGUGAAACAGGUGAACCUGGAAAGUCUACCUAAUUGGGAAGAGAAGCAAAUGUUCAAAGAAUUCAUGGAGGAUCACAACACAGCAACUUUUCCAUCUAAAAAGUAUUACAACCUUGAUGCUUAUCACAAGCAUAAAAUGGAGAAGGAAAUGAAAAAGGGUGUUAAGAAGGUCCUGGAAAAAGAACGUACUGUUUUCAAUGAUGAAGAACAGCGUCGGCUAGAAAUGAUGCAAGAACGAGAAAGGCAUAAGGAACAACAGGUGGAAGCUUUGAAGCUCUCUAUGCAGAGUGGAAUGGCACAAGCAAUGAAAGAGCAAGCCCAGCUCAGAGAGGAGAUGGCUUACCAGUACAAGCUCGGCAACUUUGAGGCCGCGGCUGCUAUUCAAAGAAGGUUAGACCCAGAUGUUGCCAUGUGAUACUAUUGGCUCUGCCGCUGGAUUUGAACAUGCUACAGUUCACAUCAUGUUACAGAAGUUGAUGUUCAUAUCCAUUGCAUGCGAGAAGUUUCCCAUGGUCUCUCUACUGGGAGUGAGCUUCCUGAGAUGACCAGGACUUCCACUUCAUGGAAAGGAAAUGGAUCGACACAGGUGUUUUAGGUUUAAGCCAUUUUUAAAUUCUCAGUUUAGCAUUGUAGUUUUGCAGAUCUAUAGGAAUGGCAUGCUUUUACAUGUGCUUUUUAGUAAUGAUGUAAGUUAGGGGUGUCAGUUACUACGUGCACCAAUGUUGUUACAAUAUGCUGUUGAGAAUUGACUAAACUUAAUACGCAGCGGUACCUUCUCAUUUUUAUUUUUUUAAA